GGCCCUUCAUCACUAGUAACUCCAGACGAAGGGCCUUCGCUCGAAACGUCGAGAAAUUCUACUUGUAUUUUUCAGGUAGUUGCAUCCCCACAAACGAAAGCUUGUUCAUAUAGAUAUAGGAGAUCCGCGUCACCCACUGUGCGUGACCCUGGAAACGAGAAGUCUUUGUGUUCAAUCGUGCGCAUGCGUGAUUAGGGUGGGACGAAACAAAAUCAAUUUGAACUGCUUGAUAUAUACAACGUAAGCUUGAAAAUAUCACAAGAAAAAUGAGCAACGAAACAGCUGGCGAGCUAUUGCUUUUUGUGAAGGUAAGUUUAAUAUAUGUGUUAUACGUGUAUGUUCUAUUUGAGUCCAUGGCUUUCGUUGUGUGUGUGUGUUUUGAGCCAUAAAACCAAUGCUAAACAUCGUUAUCUACCUAGGGGCCAGUCAUAAAAGGCGAUAGAGAAUCGAAAUUUGGCGAGGAUAUAUUCAGUCACCGAUUCAUGUUUAUGAUAGCAAAGAAAGAAAUCCCUAAUGCCAAGGUUGUGCCCGUUGAUACAGUAUAUAAGAAGGAUAUAUUAUUAAAAUAUGGCGUGGAAGAUCAGAGCCUUAAGCUACCUCUGUUGGUUCAUGCUUACACGGCCGCUGGUGAUCGAAUGUUGGUUGAUGAUCCGCCACAAAUCGAAGCAUAUUUGGAAGAGAAAUUUAAACCGUUCUUACGCAGUAAAGACCCAAAAGCCUACAAAGUCCAGUUGGAUAUAUUUCAGAAAUUUAUCUUCUACCUAAAAGCUAAAGGCGAGCCUGAGAAAGGGAAGUUGAAGCAACUUACUGAUGAGUUGAGGAGAAUUGAUCAAUUUCUCACGGAUAACGAGCGGCAAUUUCUGAGCGGAGAAGAAAUCACAAUUCCAGAUUGUCAACUAUUGCCAAAAUUGUUUUAUAUCCGUAUCGCUGGAAGAUAUUAUAAAAAGUUUGAAAUCCCGGACGAACUAAGCGCAUUGAAACGCUACAUCGAAGCGGGUGAUUUAGACGAAUCGUUCCAAGAUUCGAAAUGCUCAGAGAAAGAAAUUAUUGAAGGUUUCAAACGGUAUGUGCAAUAAUUUGAACAUCAACUUUGGUUUAUAUUGGAAUGUUGAGAUGACAGUCGAAAGCUUUUCAUGGACAAUUUACAAUAGUAUUUAUUUGUAAAGACUAAAUAAUUUUAGCGUUGACGCUUCAUAACAUUUCGACAAAAUAUUUUGCGCACUUUCAAUAUUUGUAGAAUGUGGACGCGUUUUACAAAUUUUGAAAUGCUUCCAUCGCGUGAUUGUUCUUAAAAUGUUGCAAUUUAUAGCGUGAGUGUAGAAUAUUGCGCUGUUUUAAUUCUCUUAAACAUGUCCAUUUCUUAAAUUCCACUAUUUUUAUGCAGUGGGUCUUCAUAGAUUAUUGAAAAAUUAUAUUAUAUGUAUAGAGUAUAUCCUUGGUGUUUUAUAUACAGUAUUAUAUCUUAUUUAAGAAAAGAUAUCCGACAAUAUGGGUAUUAUAAAUAGGGUGACCCAGUAUGAUAUUGCUGCUAGCAGGCUAUAUUUUUUUAGUUCUGGCCUUAUACAGUAAUGUGUGAUCAUACAUGCACUACAUGUGGCUCUUGAAAAAAGACUGUUUAGGAAAUGGUAACAAUUAAAUCGGAAAUAAUUUAUCCUCAUAAAGCUGUAUUCUACAAUUUCAUUGUUCACUGUUAUGAUAAUUUUUUUCUAUUACAGUAAAUGUUUGUUCAUAAAGAUUCCCUGAUGUUUUGGGCAUAUAAAUUGUUUAUAGCAGUAUCAUAACAGCUUUGUUUUUUCAACAGUCAAUUUUUAGUCCAAAUCGUGUGUCUAAAAGUAUAUCAUCACAUCAGCUGUAGGGAAUGUUGGCAUCACUUUGGCUACCAGAAAAUAGCAUCAUGAGUCAUUAUAUAUAAGAUAUGCCUGAAAACUAUACUGCAUAUGUUGCUUUAAAGCUAUUUGAUUAUACAGAUGUAGUAAUAUGCUGGGCAUAUUCUAUCAUAGUAUCUCAGCAUCUUUUAAAUUGAGGUCACAAACCUAGCAGGCAUCCUACUCUCCCACUCAACUAAGUUUGUUUACCAAAAUAUACUUGUUGUUUUAACCUUUGGUGAUUUGGUUCUCUUGAUGACUAGAAUACUUGACUAAAUAAAUACAUCCCAAUGCCCAACACUUUCUCUAUGAUAAAUAAAGUAAGCUUGGGUGCAAUAGAACUCAUUGUAACAUAAUAAGUUGACAAGGACAUACAGGAAACUGCAGAUGAAGAGGGAUUCAACUACUUCAAAAAUACAAGUAAAACUGACAUUUCGAGUGAUGACCCUUCAUCAGGAAGUUAGCGGAAAGGCCCUCGCUCGAAACAUUGAAGUUCUACUUGUAAUUUUUUAGGUAGUUGACUCCCUAUCCAUCAGGGGCCGGAAUCUAAUCUUAAAUCAUGUUUGUGAUGUUACUCUGAGAGUAUAUCCACACCGAGCGAGCAUCACAACAUAUUCACCUGAGUACACAACACCAACACAGAAAAAUCAUAUUUGUUAAAUCGGUCGUGGAUUGGUAUAACUCGUAUUAAAGUUUAGUAUUUAUAAGUUAAAUGCUUUUUAUACUUCUUGUGUUGUCUGUAUCCAUAGUUUCACAGUUUUUCAAGCAUUUUUACAAAGGUUGAAAAAUCACUAAUCAGUCUAGGUAGUACCAAUGUGAAAUUGCUGUGCUGAGUGGUUAUAUUACUACCUGAAAUAAUUAACUCUUGACGAAGGCCUUCGCUCGAAAUGUCGAGUUUCUGCUUGUUUAUUUCAGGUAGUAAUAUAACCACUCAGAUAGUCUGGUUAACCUAUCAACACCCAACAGUUUCCAUUUGUUGAGUAAAUUGUUAUAGCAUUGGACUAAAGUAAAAUAACAAAGUAGCUAUGGUGAUUUGCAGCUAGAUACAUUCACAAGAGACUGUCUAGCCUGGUUGAUAACUUGUUUAUGUUCAAGUACACCUUUCUGAUCACAUAUUCUAUAUUUGCUUAAAUAGUUAGAUUUCUUGGCGUUGCUGCAGGCAAUUAUAUUGAUUACCCUAUUAUGUUUGCAAAUUUUUAUUCAAAUGUAAAUUUACAUUGAUAAAUGCCAUACAUUUUAUGGUAACUAGUUUUAAAAUAAUCCUUUACGCUGUUUUAAUUUGGAAGUAAAAAAGUUUGUAGUAUAGGUUUUAAAGCAAUAAACUAAAAUAUGUUUGGUAAAUGUUCAAUGUUUAUGCAAGAAUCUCAAAAAUCAGAUGUUAAAGAGGUUAUUAGUUGUCAUGCCUGAUUGAGGGGAAGAUUUCAUGCAGGAAUAUCAAGAGUUGCAAACCUUUAAAUUGUCAAUGACUUGAUCAUGAAUGCUAGUUUUGAUAAGUAUAUUGCAGUAUAUUCAAUAAUGUUUCGU